CCAGGGGUGUGGAAGGAAAGCCCUGUUGACCUGCCACAGUAACACAUGAAUUACCAGGGGUGUGGAAGGAAAGCCCUGUUGACCUGCCACAGUAACACAUGUAUUACCAGGGGUGUGGAAGGAAAGCCCUGUUGACCUGCCACAGCUCAGUUGGUGGUUUCUACAGAUACUCUAUGGACCAAUAAGACUGACACAAAGUAUCAUCUUCAACAUUGUGUCAUGUAAAGCCCUUGUUUUUGACACGGUGUCCUGCUUCAGCUUGUUUUAAAUGUGAAUAACAACUGUAACAGGUACGAACAGUACUUCCACAGUACAAUAUAUCUCUCUACAUUUGUCUUAGCAUUUUGCCCAGGAACAAAAGAGUGCCAAAGGAAACCGAGCACACCCCAUUUCUGUCAAACUGGAUUGACUCACUUCUUGAGACAACCUUGACAUUUCCCAGGGAAUUACCAUUGAUCUGUCCCUGUAUUCCCACCAUGUCAGGAAAUAUCUGUAUGGAUAUGUGUGUCAUUAGUCUGCAUUACAAUAUGUCAUGUGGGAUCACAGUGUGUGAUCAACAUCAUUCAGAAUGACGAGUCAAAUGUCAAUCUAGCUACAGUUUAUAUCUGACAUUAUCUGACAUUAUCUGACAUAUAUCUAAUAGUUUAUACUGUAUCUUACAUAAUACUGAGAGACAGUUUCAAGAGGUCUGCUAUAAUACUGAGAGACAGUUUCAAGAGGUCUGUCAUUUUUGUGCCUCAGGUUUUAGAAGGUCUGGCUAACUACCAAACCUUUCCUAUAGCUAUCAAUCAUGCACCUGGUCACACCACCUCCCACAGUAACACAUUAUUUACCAGGGGUGUGGAAGGAAAGCCCUGUUGACCUCCCACAGUAUCACAUUAACACAUGGUGUGAUACAGCAUGGAAUUGAAACGUGGUCUGUAAGGACGCCUCUAGCACUGUGAUGCAGUGCCUUAGACCUCUGUGCCACUUGGUCAGACCCAACGUACUGCAGUGCUUGGCUACAUGUUCCAUGUCACAGAACAAUGAAUGACUCGUGUUUCAUUACAAACACAAACAGGGUUUCAUUCAACAAUAGAGAUCGUCAUGACGAUUAGUUAUGCCUCUCUGAGACAGUCAGAAAAGAUUUACUCCAGUCUUGUUGCACAACAGAUUCCAUCAGUAAUAAUCAAUACAUUAAAACCGGUUUAGAAAUGUUUCAGAUUAAAGAAUUUUCCCUCGUUGUAAAUGAGGUUCACAUUCAGUGCAAGGACAGCUGUUGUGUGACAAUGGUUGCUGAUGGUAUGGGCCUAAUACGGCCCUGGAACAUCACACGAUGAGUGCCACUGUGUGCUGCGUUGUGCGUAGGCUUUGGCCCACAUCCAGAGGUAUCCUCAAUCAGUUUUCUCUUUGUGUUUUGAGAGAGAUCGCUGACAAAAACAGAAACAAUGGUGAAUAACAGAACAGUGAAAGCAUCCCUGUCUCUCCACUAUCCUCUCAUUCCUUUGUUGGUCAUUGGGAUGGGAGCCUGUCGGUCGCGUCCCCGCGUUGUCCCACUCCCUAGCCAGGCCAGAAGCAGACCACCUCUCCCAUCCCCUGGGCCAGGCCAGCAAACCAUCCAGCGACUAGCCGAGGCGCCUGCUGCCGUCCCAGCCCCACUGCAGACACAGAGGCGUCUGAGCAGCGUUGCGAGAGCCAUGAACUACCACUACCAACCCCCCUACUCACCUAGUCUGUCCCAGAGGGGGUAUCGGCGUGCCUCGGGUGCUAGCGUUGUUGCCAUUGACAACAAGAUAGAACAGGCAAUGGAUCUGGUGAAGAACCACCUGAUGUAUGCAGUCAGGGAGGAAGUGGAGAUCCUCAAGGAGCAGAUCAGAGAGCUGGCUGAGAAGAACAACCAGCUGGAACGCGAGAACAGCCUUCUGAAGAACCUGGCCAGUCCAGAACAGAUGGAGAGCUUCCGCGAACGGGUUCCGUCCGACUCAGACGCUCUGGUCCCCCUGCGGCUGGACAACCAGUACCAGCAGCAGGCUCAGCAGUACCAGCAACAGGCCCAGAUUGGACUCCAUAACCCUGACCAGUCCUGCCACAUCAGCGCUGGCUCUGCUGUGUAGGUGGUUCUGCCUUGGACAGUUGUAAACUAAUCGUCGCUGCCAACUUCAGUGAAGCUGCCUGUAACAGACGAUGAAACACAACGGAGUACGUGGAAAGGUGCUCUAACUAGCGGCUAUAGGCUGAAGCUAUGAGCUAAGAUGAGCCUUUCCUAUGACAUCUAGACUAUUUCUCUUUAGACAAAAGCUCUAAACGAGAGGGCUCACAUGUAGCCAGCCGGAGAACGCUUGCAUUGGGACAGAGGAGAGGGUAGGCUCCGGCCUUCUGGGGCCAGGAGGGCCAACCCUUUCAGCCAUUCUCUACCACCCCUGCUACAGAGGGGGGAGAGGGCUAAAAGACAGGGCUGACCCGGGGAUCUGAUCCUGGGGAUGCCUCUCCACGCCAGGGUGGCCCGUCCUCCAGGUUACCUCUCCAGAUCCAGCCAAGGAAAAAGGAAAUAUUCUCCAAGACAGACAGAGAGACGGCCUUCCAGUCUCUGCUAGACCCCCCCCCCCCUGUGUAUUUCCUCUUCUGACAGUACAAGUUCUGAGGAGUCAGUCAGACAAUAUCUCUACUAUCUUGUGACUGUUUCCACCUGCCACCAUCUACUGAUAUUCUCCGUCAAUGUUCCUUAAGAAGAAGCAACGUGUCUUCGGGGGGAAACCAAACCUGAGCUCCAGUACAGGGAGUAGAGGAGAAGGAGGAUCUAGGAGAUCCUGGACUGUUGCUGGAGAAAGAGAGGCUUGUUGCUUCUCUAUCUCAACCUCACUGCCGAUAACUGAUUGCCAUAAUCAUGAUUCAGAUCAUCAUUACUUGUAUUCUCUGCAGUUGGGUUGUGUUGCUUAUGGGGGAAAAUCCUGCUAUUUUACUUUUCUUCUGAUUCUGAACAAAAUGGAAUACUUGUUAAUAGGAGCGUUGUAACCGUUCAGUUAAUGAUUUAUUAUGGGGAUGGAAGUAUCUACUACCCAGUAUGCCUAGAGCUCUGUACAUUUGACUAACAUGUUCAGAGUAGUGGGCUGGAGAUGAAUUUGAGCAGCUGAUUUUUUCUCUAAAGGCUGUGAAUGCGAUCCUGACCUAGCAGACAUGUUCUGCGUGUUCAGAUGCCAACCUCAACUUGAAUCAAUGGCAUGGCUCUAGUGCCUAUCUCCAGAAGAGGAAUACCACAGUUCCACAAUGGACUUUUGUGUUUUCUAAUUACCAAAGACUUUGUCUCAUUACUACUCCAAACGAAACCAAGCAACCUGGACCAUGUGUACAUCAUUCACAGGGAGAACUCUUGUUAGCAGUAAUGUUUAGUUUUUUUGAUAAACGUUGGGUAUUGUUGCUGUAUUGUGUCCAUGAAACAGGUAUAUAUUUUUAAAAGGAUGUAAUGGACAUUUGCAAUAAACCCUUUGUUUCCCUUUCA